CAUCGUCUUCCUCCUCCGAGAGAAACCUCAAAAAAUGCAGAUCUUUGUGAAAACCUUAACGGGGAAGACAAUAACCCUAGAGGUAGAGUCAUCAGACACGAUCGACAAUGUGAAAGCGAAGAUCCAAGACAAGGAAGGGAUCCCACCGGACCAGCAGCGUCUGAUCUUCGCCGGGAAACAGCUGGAAGACGGGAGAACACUCGCCGACUACAACAUCCAGAAAGAGUCGACGCUUCAUUUGGUGCUCCGUCUGAGAGGAGGUGCAAAGAAGAGGAAGAAGAAGACGUACACGAAACCAAAGAAGAUCAAGCACAAGCACAAGAAAGUGAAGCUCGCUGUUCUGCAGUUUUACAAGGUUGAUGGGAGUGGUAAGGUUCAGAGGCUGAGGAAGGAGUGUCCUUCUGCUAGCUGUGGUCCGGGAACGUUCAUGGCGAGUCAUUUCGAUAGGCAUUACUGUGGCAAGUGUGGGACUACUUACGUGUUCAAGAAGCCUGAUGAAGAGUGAAAUGAUCUGAGAUUAGGUUAUGUUUUGUCUUUUUUUAUUAUUGUUUUGAAGUUUCAGUUUUUAUGAUUCUGGAAUUUAGAAUUGGAUAUGGUUAAUUAAGAUAUUUUGAGAUGGGUUUUGUUCUAUUGAGGAUACCUUAUAUCGUUGCAUCAAUACAUUAUAUUAUCUUUGAUU